UCGCUUUCAGCCCUCCACUCCAGCCUCGGCAAGCCAGGCAUCAACCAUGAGGACCCGGCUUCUCCACCUCUCCGCUGCCUCUGGCGCCUUGGCCCUGGGGAAGCUGCUGCCGCCGCUACUGAUGGUGCAACUUUCGGCCGUGCAGACUCUGGUCCUCCCAGGAAACGACUCGCGCCAGGACCUCGAGGCCUCUGGCGCCCCGUGCCCGAGUGACUCGCAUCCCUGGCAGGUCUCCCUCUUCCAUAACCUCCAGUUUCAAUGCGCCGGUGUUCUUGUGGACCAGAGCUGGGUGCUCACGGCCGCACAUUGCUGGAGGAAGAAGCCGCUGAGAGCCCGAGUUGGGGAUGACCACCUGCUACUUUUCCAGAAGGAGCAACUGCGGGGCACGAGUUCCCCUGUUUUUCACCCCAAAUACCAGCCUUGCUCAGGCCGCGUCCUGCCACAGCGCUCAGAUGAACACGACCUCAUGAUGCUGAAGCUGAGCAGUCCUGUGGUACUGACAUCCAACGUGCAUCCCGUGCAACUGCCCUUCCGGUGCGCUCAGCCAGGACAGGAGUGCCAGGUCUCAGGCUGGGGGACCACAUCCUCCCGGAGAGUGAAAUACAACAGAAGCUUGAGCUGCUCCAGGGUAACUCUCCUCAGCCAGAAGCAGUGUGAGGCCUUCUACCCGGGCGUGUUCACCAACAGCAUGAUCUGUGCUGCGCUGGACAAGAACCAGGACUCUUGCCAGAGUGACUCCGGUGACCCCCUGGUGUGUGACGGCACCCUGCAUGGCAUCCUCUCAUGGGGCAUUUACCCAUGUGGUACCCAGAGCCCACCCGUCUACACCGAGAUCUGCAAAUACAUGCCCUGGAUCCGGAGAGUCAUUCGUUCCAAAUGAGCUGCCCCUCACACCCUUCAUCCCACUCCAUCUGCCCACAUCUCCAUCUCCUCCUCUCAGGCCCCCACACACCUCUGCGGGUGCAUCCUCCUCCCUCACCCCUGCCCACUCCUGUUCUCUGCUCACAUGUGCAGAAAAUGGUGGCUGGGAAAGUUCUAGUACCUCAAGGAAGCUAGCCAUCCUCCAGUCUCUAAGAGAAGUUAUCAGAGUUGUUCAGCCUGGUUUCCUCUAUCUCCCUCCUCUGUGUGAUUGGGGCAAGGCCGGGACUCUCUCUGAGCCUUGAUUUCCAUGUCUAAAAUAUGGGGACAAUGAAACGUCUACCUCUUACAUAUGUUGUAUGGAGACCAUGAUGGGACGUGCGUGCGUGCGUGUGUGUGUGUGUGUG